AUGAAGCUUCUGAAUGCUGCUGUAUUCUUUAUUCUUGUGCCCACUUUGACGCCAGCUUUGGACCCUCUCAGCACUUCAGUCCUCAUGGGGAGUGCUGCUGUCGCUUGGCAGCUCCUCUCCUCUCAGUCCUGGCUCAAGUGCAGUCUCCUGGAAUGCUGCAAUAUGAAGGACACGCUGAACUUCUCAGUUAUAAAGACGGAUUUGGACCGAAAAGUCUUUGGCCAGCAUCUUGCUAUCCAGAUAGUUCUGAGAGCUCUGAGCACAAAUAUGCGCUCCAAACGGCCCAGGAAGCCCCUGGUGAUGUCCUUCCACGGCUGGACUGGAACAGGCAAAUCGUUUGUCAGCAGUAUCAUUGCAGAGAACCUCUAUCGGCUCAGUAUACCAAGACGGAAGUUUGUGCACCACUUCAGCACAGUACUGCAUUUCCCACACCUUUCUCAUAUCCAUCUCUAUAAGGAACAGCUGCAGAAUUGGAUUCGAGGCAAUGUCAGUGCCUGUCCAAGGUCUCUUUUUAUCUUUGCUGAAAUGGAUCAGAUGCCACAUGGCCUAAUAGACUCUAUCAUGCCAUUCCUUGGCUACCAUGAAGAGAUUGAUGGUGUUUAUUAUGGCAAAGCGAUCUUCAUCUUUCUGAACAAUGCAGGUGGAGAUAAGAUAACAGAGAUUGCCCUUGAUUAUUGGAGAAGCCUGAAGAGAAGAGAAGACAUUCCUGUGAAGAAGCUCCAGUCUCUGCUCUCAGAGGAAAUUUUCAGGAACAGAAACAGUGGUUUCUUUCACAGUCAACUGAUCCAGAAGAACCUGAUCGACUAUUUCAUCCCUUUCCUUCCUCUUGAAUAUAAACAUGUGAGACAGUGUGUCCGGGAGGAGCUGCGCGUGCAAGGGCAUCCCGAGGAUGAAGACCUCAUAGCAGAGAUUGCCUUGGCAAUGACUGACUACCCCAGUGAAGAAAGGCUCUACUCCAGCAAAGGCUGCAAGACUGUAGCCUCCAGAGUGGCUCUGAGCAUCUAA